UACUGUCACGUUCCCUUUAAGCUGCCCGGCUGUAAUUUCUGGUUGAGCCGAUCAGAAUCAUUUUGCUCCUGGAAGUUUUGGAGACACUGGAUAAGUGACAAGUAGUUGACACAUAUUCAUCUGAAACACAACCUCUUGUUAUGCUCUGACACGUCAGGCAUCUGGUUGGCUGGCCCUGCUUCCUGUCCGGUAAGGCCUGCCCCUGUGGAGCCACUAGCAUGCAGUUCCUCUGUGUGUCCAUGGGGUGGAGCUGCUGAGCCAUGGAUGACUUCACUACCAAUGAUUUCACCACCAGAACAUAUGGCACCAGCGGCCUUGACAACAGACUGCUGUUUGGAGAAACCUCUGCUCGGGACAGAGCCAUCAACCUGGUGGUCGGAGGACUGACAACCCUGCUCGUUGUAGUAACAGUGAUCAGUUCAUUCCUGUUCCCCUCGUUGCCUCCCUGGCCACUCAACGUCUUCUUGGCUUUCUGUAUCCUGCUGACCUGCGGCUCGGCCAUGGUGCUGAUUGUCUGGUACCGGCAGGGGGACUUGGAUCCGAAGUUCAGGAAGUUAAUCUACUACAUGCUGGCCUCCAUCAUGCUGCUGUGUCUCUGUGCUAACCUGUACUACCACGACGUGGGCAGAGGGACGUGAGACUGGACAUGCCUUACUCACCCUUACUGCCACACACCGUCCCUGACUGGACCAGUGGAACCAGUUCUACCAGGAAGAUGAUGGACCUGCCCAGAACCAGUUCCAGUGGGGGGGGGCCACAUUCCACAGAGGCACAAGGACAGACAGUUUCCAGACAAGUGACUGUCCACCAAUAAUAGUCAAGUGACUGUUACUAUUCCACAGAUCAUCUGACCACUCAGCUCUGCACAGCUUCACUUUAGGAUUAUUCAGACCAUUUGUUGCAUUUUUUUAUUUCGUAUUUUAUGCAAUAAAUAAUCAUAUCCUGUCUGGCCUGUGAGUUGUUGUCCUGCACCUCUGUCAUAAGCUUUGUUGAUAGCUGGCAUCUCCUGUGUCUUCUUCUUGGCCACAUUCUGAUUGUCCCACAUUUUCAGAAAAGUGUCUCCACAUGGUAUUAAAAUGUCUCUUAUGUCUACGCAUUGUGA